AUGGAGUCUCGGGCUGAGAAGUAUCUAAAUUUCUUCAAGGCUGUUGUGGGAUUGCGGUCAUUUCCUGUGGCAAUUAUCUACCUGAUACUUAUACCAUCAUCUUUACUGUGGAAGAAGUACACCUCCCCUUUAGGACUACAUAAGGUUUUAGUGGCAUACAACUUCUUGUGCAGUGCUCUGAGCCUGUAUUCUUUCGCUGUUAUAGUCAAGGCAUACUAUCAGGGUGGUUUGUUAUAUGUUUUUGCUAUGGAACAUGACGCAGAUGUCAAACAUGCCUUUACCAUUUACUUAUUCACCAAACACUUGGAGCUGUUGGACACAGUGUUCAUGAUUCUUAGGCAUCGCCAAAGACAAAUCACCUUUUUACAUGUGUACCAUCAUGCAUCAAUCUUACUCCUGAGUGACUAUGCCUGCCAUUUCACCCCCUGGCCAGCAAUUGGGGUUAUGUUAGGGAUGAACUCCUUUGUACAUGUAUUUCUUUAUCUUUACUAUGGCCAAGCGGCACUGAACCCCACCCAGAGGCCGCAGUGGAAGAAGACAAUGACACAACUUCAAAUGGUUCAAUUUGUCGUUGGUAUUGUACACUCUUCUUUUGGCUAUGCUCAUCAUGGUUUCUGUGUUUAUAGUAUUUUCUAUGGCCUCAGCAUGCUGGGUUUGUUUGGUAAUUUUUAUUAUCAAGCUUUUAUACGAGUCAGACGUGAGAAAAAAUCUGAAUGAUUUAAUUUACAGCCCUGACUUUUUACAAUUCUCGUGAGUGAUUAAGACAGAAUUUCUCCUAAUAAUAUCACUAGAAUAUCAAGCCAACAAGUCAUGAGAAUAAAGAAAAAUAUCAAUUCAAUAUCAAAUCAAUUAGGGGAUUAUUACUUAAUUCAAUACCAAAUUCU